AUGGGACGGAACCGAAGAGGUGAUCCCCCCAAAACCCCCAGGGGAUCUCAACUGAGCCAAUCGUUCUUACAGACGCCAGCAGAAACACGCGAUGAGGCCGGGGGCUCCAAGAUGGCGCAUGUCUCCUCCUCACCCGGAGAUCCCCCUGCCUCUACCCUGGAGGGCAUCGGGGAAGAAAUCUGCACAAUAGCAGCCUCUUUGGCCAUGAAAGCAGACCUCCUGGUCCUUACCACUACGAUCCAGGAUGCAUUGCGGGCUGAAAUGGGCGGAAUCCGGACGGAGGUCACGGCGCAGGUGAGCUGCAUUCAGGAGCUGGAACACUCCCAUGAUGCCCAAACAGCAAGACUGGCAGCAACAGAUACAGCCCUUGCGAGAGAAGGUGACCUGCUCCACCAGCUAAAGAGGUCGGUCGAAGAUCUAGACAAUCGCGGUCGCAGGUGCAAUAUACGGGUACGUGGAAUGCCGGAAACAGAGGGCGAAGAGGACAGAGAAGAAACCCUGACGGCCCUUUUCUGCCUGAUCAUGCACAGGGAUGCACCGCUAGCCAUCCGAUGUGACAGAGCACACAGGGCACUGCGACCCUGA